AAAAAGCCGCGAACGGAGAAAUAUGGUUGUUCUGUGAGGAAAUCAAGACUUGUAAUCACAUAGGUCUUCUCGCAGACUUAAUAGCCCACAGGACGUUACUAGGUAAACAGAUUCAUUCUAAUAUCAGAAUUUUUGCAGCAUGCAACCCUUAUAGAAUCCGCACCAAAAGUCAAAGCGUUGUCGGGUUAAAAACUAAUAAGAGAUAUGAAGAACAAAGCAAUCUUGUAUAUCAAGUAAAGCCAUUACCUGAUCAAAUUUUAGAUUAUGUUUGGGAUUAUGGCGUGUUGCAGCCAGAAGAAGAACGUCGAUAUAUUAAAAUAAUGGUAUCUAACUCUUUAAAAGAUUUUGAUACCAAAUGUUCAGUAUUUGCAGAUUUAUUAUUUGAAUCUCAAGCAUUCAUUCGAGAGGUUGAAGAACCUUACAGUGUUAGUUUAAGAGAUGUAAAAAGAGCAAUUACACUUGUAAAAUUUUUCGCAGAAAGUUUACAAAAUCGACCACCUAUUCGUAAGAAUGCGCCCAGAUAUCCACCAAUAGGAGAAAUAUCGAUGCCGAUAAGAUGUUACAUUCUUGCGUUGGGACUAUGCUAUCAAUCUAGAUU